GCGAUAGUUCCUUCAGCACAGUACUUCCAUCAUGGCAGGCAGUAAGUUGGUGCUAGAAGGAAGAGUAAGUAUAAAUGCAUUUAUUUUAGGGCUCGGCGUGCUUGUAAUCCCACUGAUAAGAACCUGGUUUGGACAUAUCGACUGGGUCUUUGAUUAUCUGACAGAAACUCCCGGGAAAAUAGCGAUUUGCAUCCACAUUGCAGUUGUCAACGGCCUCUUGCUAAUCAUAUACAGGGGACCUCUAUACAAGGUUGCUGUGAGAGCCUGCUUUCUGGGGGUAACUUUCGGCUGUGGCUUAAUUAUAAGCUGCUCCGAAACCACUUGGACACAUUUUGGCUGGUACAUGUGCUCCCUGUCCUUCUUCCAUUACUCUGAGUACCUGGUGACUGCCAUCAUCAACCCUCGCAGCCUGUCGCUGGACUCGUUCCUGCUCAACCACAGUGUGGAGUACACCCUGGCUGCCAUCUCAUCAUGGGUGGAGUUCACUGUGGAGAAGCUGACAGUUCCAGAGCUGAAGCAGCUGAACUGGUUGAGCGUCGUGGGUCUGCUCAUGGUGCUGUGUGGUGAGGGUCUGCGUAAGGCGGCCAUGUUGACGGCCGGCUCCAACUUCAACCACAUCGUCCAGAAUGAGAAGGCCCAGAGCCACGUGCUGGUCACCAGCGGGGUCUACUCCUACUUCAGACACCCCUCCUAUGUGGGCUGGUUCUACUGGAGCACAGGAACACAGGUCAUGCUGUGUAACCCGGUGUGCAUACUGGGCUACACGAUAGCCAGCUGGAGGUUCUUCCGGGAGCGGAUCGAGGAGGAGGAGCUCUCCCUCAUCCAUUUCUUUGCCGAGGACUAUGUGGAGUACAAGAAGAAGGUUCCCACCGGGCUGCCCUUCAUCUCAGGCAUCCGUGUCAACUAGGCCCAGGAGCUGGACGCUGGACGUAACAGACUUAGAGCACUAAAGCAGGUCAGACCUGGUGGGUGUGUGGCGUCUGCCGUGGCGGCUGCCCUCCAGAGGGGAACCCUGCAGCUGGCUGAGAGCCUGUAGCUCACGGAGACCGUGGCGGCAUCGGGCAGCUGGGCUGCUGUUUUUCUACCGACUUCCAGUUAAAGACCAGACAACCUCCACUGUACUACAUGUAUCCCAAUAACACCCGCUCCAUCUGUCUCAGUAGUGUUUCUGUUUGCAUGCUCUGGCCACGCGUAGUGUUUUCACUGAUGUUGUGUUGAAGAGUGAUUCUGCCGGCCCUUCUCUCAAGUUUUAACGGUAAAUGUUUGGAGAUGUUUCACCGGAAAUCCACCAGGUUCAAUGGGUUUCUUUUAUGAUGUGAUCGUCAAUAUUUUCAACACGUUGCCAGCACUGUCCCUAGUUUAAUCAAAGGUUAAAACCUAAGGAAUGCUCCACUGAAAAUCUGUCAUCCCGUCUUCACAGACCCGCCGCCCCGGGACCCGAGGCGAGCCGGGGCACAGCGAUAUCCGGUCUAAUCACAUCUGGUAGGGUCCCGUUGUAUCGCUGCAGGUCUCAGAUCUGCGUAGCAUCGUUAGUGAGAGAAACGUGCCGGACGUGCGUUUGUGUCCCCGGGUGUUUUCCACAGGUCUGUUCCUGAUUGGACUAGUUUGGGAGUGCAGACGUGUUGGACAAACUUAACAAAUUCCUUCUACGCCGCUCACCGUAGUUUCUCCACACCAGCGCUAAAUACAUGACUUCAUGUCAUCAUCAUGUCAUAGAUCCAAAGCCGCCACAAGUCGUGUAUUUAGGGUUCAUUUCAGCAACAAAUAUUUAAAUAAUUUAUUAUAGAAUAGACCACACGAAACCAAGGAUGUUGUAGUUCUUGUAGAGUUCGUAGCUCUUGAACACACGUGUAUCCAAACAGUGGUAAAAGGAACAACAGGUGACCUUUUUUAUGUAUUUCUGAGCGUAUCCUCAGAAUCCUUAUUCAACUAUAAUAGAAAGAAUCGAAUGUGUAAAGAAAGUAUAGGUUUCUUUCAGGUUCUUGAGACUGUUUAAAUGUCGUUAGUGAGGAAGCUCCCGGGCCAACCGCGGCCUGAUGUUUGUCUCGCCCACUUCCUCAUCGUGCACUCAGGCUGAAACACUUGAGUUUGACGGGAAGAGACAGAACAAGGAGCAGUCGCUUCGUAUUCUCUGUUUCAUUUAAUAGACAUGUUUCUGUACACAGGGGCAUGUAGCAUGAUGGGUCAUUAAAUGUUGUGUUGCACUGGAGAAAAGAAGAGUUGGGUUCUCCUCCUGCACAAGUGUUGACAUCACUGCCUGUGUUUUGGUCUCUUUUGUUGUUGUUCAACAUAUAAAUCAGUAUUUGUUUUGGUGCGAAGCCGCCAUCCUGAGCGCUGCUGGCCUCUCAUUUCAUCAGCGUGUUCCUGCUCUUUGUGUUCGAAACCAACCCAACGACUGACUUGUGUAUUGUAAAGGGUUCGAUCUGUCUGAGUGGCUUCAGUGCUGCUACUCUCCAAACCCUGAUCUCACUGUGACACGGAGACGGGUCAGUGAAGGGUUUUCUGAAGGUAAAAUAAUAAAUGUGGACUUUAUUUAUGAGCACUGGUGGCGCUGUAGUGCCAUGUUUGGAUGCAACCUUCAGUGUAACAUUAAAGAAAAGGAAUCUUCUUAUUCAGUGUUUUUGGAAGAUUGUCCCAUUGGUCAACUCGCGUACUAAAAUGAAAAGCAUGAAAAUGAUUGUGGAGUAGAAGUGUUUAUUCAGGUCUUUGCUGACACACUAAUAUUUCGUACGCAAUUUUUACUCUCAAAAUGGAUCAUGUGUGCACACAAAACAUUAAAACAAUAGUUGACAUUUUAACAUGUUUAAGUGAUGUCAAAGAUAACGGGGGGAGGGGGGUGACCGUGUCAUCACAAUGUCCCUGGUUUGGUUCCAGUUGCAUGCCAUCCCUCGUUUCUCUUCCUUUAUUUCCUGCCUUCCCUCCUCUAACAGAGGAAACAAAAAGCCCUGCUGCAGAGAAGCGCUGACACCGUGUCGUUCACCGGGCAAACGAGCCCGAAGUGUUACAGGACGUUCUCACCGAUACGUGGAUCUGGUUUGGAUUUUGCACAUCCCUCUGACAAUGACAAUGUUAGCUUUGUAUCUACUAAUUUACCAUUUAAUCUGUAUGCUACAGUAUUAGCAUGCUAACUGUCACUACACAGUCUAUGCUAAAGAAUAGAGCGUGCUAAUCCCAGCCCUCAGGACUGGCGUUGAACACAAAAAAUACUCAACCAAUUCAUUCGUGUAGUUUUGCGACCAAUGGCUCAAUCUACUGAAUACUGUGCUGGUGUAAUGCAGCUAAAGAGUGCACGAGUGUUUUGGGGUGAUUUGCAGAGUUGAAAGUGACACUUGUAGCAUAUCUGUGACUGUGUAGGGUUAGAUAAUGAGGCCGCUGUAUGCCAGGUGACUGUUGCAGCAUGGCACACCUGAGCUGAGUUUUGGAUAUGUUGCACUCUUACAUUUCUCACAGGCCUGUGUUUAACACUCGGACUGAUUACUGUGCAGUUAUUCACAAAGCACACUUUCGCAGCACCACUUGUGUGAAAUAAAAUCAAGGCAAUUAUUA